ACACCGAAUUAUCGCUAAGGAGUUACAGCAUCCGUUACUUGGUCCACUUGUGUAGCGAUUGUAAUAUUGGUAACACUAGUGGACCAAUCAUAGCAUUCAGAGCGUUUUCAGAAGUACCAAAUAGACCGCACCCUAAAUAGUGUAAAUGUGGUAAAAUGUGAAACAAACUUCGAGGGAUAGAUCUGGAUAAAGGACAAAUUUAAACUGUCGCAUCGUGGAAACAAUAAGCUGAUCGCCGUGUGCUAUUCAAAACUUACGUCUACCUGCAGUCUACCUUAAGUCCAUAUUAAAACUUGGAAAAAUCCAUUGAACACUCAAUUUUUGACCUGAAUGCCGCUUCGAAUAAUAGAUUAUUUAAAUGCAACAUUAGGUCUAACACCAACAGCGAUUCAAAUACUUUUCUCAUCAUAUUGUGCAGUUGGUGUGCAAGAAAAAGAACAAAGGACUUUUAUAAUAUUUUUGAAAUAAGAUGGACGGAGUUAAUGAGACGGGAUCACAAAAUUCAAGAGAGAUAACAUUCCCCUAUCGUCGUUUACGGUAUGAAGAUAUUAGUCGAUAUCCUUAUGUCGACAAACUGUCUAUUCCAGGUUGGAAUACUAAGAAUAAUCCUGUGUCUAUUGACUUUAUUUAUCAAUUUGCAACGAAAAGCAUUAGUUAUCAUUACAUCAACGAUAAGAAGCAUUGUAGCUGUGAUGUUGCUGACAUAGUUGGGCCACCUACAGUCUAUUUAGGUGAUGGAUGUAAAAAUCGCACACCGAACAGAUCAUAUUCAUCGUUUUCUAACUCUUUGGAAUUUAACGGGAUGCAUUAUGUUAAUCUGGAGUAUCAUGAAGCUGUAUAUCCACUCAGAAUCUCCAUGUUCGAUGAUUCGGACUUUUCGGUGGGCUUUACGAGUCGAAUUUGGGCUAAAGACUCUGAUGAUAAGUGGUCUCUGUUAUCGGAUACAACCAGUGAUGUCAUAUACACAUAUAAAAGAAGAGUACUGGCCGAAAAAUUAAUUUUUUUUACUACACUUCCGCCGUAUUACUUUAAAACCAAAAUGUUGAGACUAGAAUUUACGUGUUCUCCCCUACAAUUGCAUUCGAAGCUAACUGCUGUAAUGCUUGCUGGUACAUCAGACUUGAUAUUUCCUAGAAGACUUGUACCAUCAGAUCCAUAUUGUGUAUAUGAUCUGUUAGAGAAGAUUAAUCCUUGCCCCUGUUGUCCAAUACAAAACUAUGAAUUUGCCUUAAAUAUAACUGCACUCAAAAGCAAAAAUAUUUUGCAAUGGAAAACACCACGUUUUUGUUUAACAAAAAACGUUAUUCAGUGGAAUUUAUGGAAUUAUUAUGUUAUUUGUGAAAGGUAACAAUCACCGACGUUAAUAACGUUUCCGAUUGUAUUGAGUUUGAACAUAAUUCGAGGUGGAUUCGCGGUGUCACGUGCUGCAAUCGUUCGAUUAGAAAGUAGAGGAUCUAUUAUAGUACUAGGCGGAAC